AUGGAUGUAAGCACAGGGGGUGUGUCGCACGACUCGGGAAAAUUAGUUCGGGGCGGGGGAGCCCCGCGUCACCCGGCUGCCGGGGUUUAUCAGAUUCAGGGGUAUCGUUUAAAACGUUCAAUAUCAUGUGCACUGAAACGCGAAUUUUCCUGCAAUCGAUCGCUGGGUGGACCCGAUAACAGGGAUUGGUCGAGGGGCGUGGUAGUUGUUAUCAUUAGAGAGAGGUCGACCAAUCGCGCGGAGGUACUGAUAAGAGGGUUUGGGCGCUGUGGUCGAGGGCGGCUGUGGACCAUGCUGGGUGCAAUGAUGUACCCCGGCGUGGAAGAUGAGCUCGGCGACAUGCGCGUACCGCCGAUACAGCUGGAACAUCUACCGGAAGUGUUUCUAUCUAGUAUACCCAAAUGUGGCGGAUGUCAUGAGAUGAUAGUGGAUCGGUAUGUGCUGAAGGUGUCUGAUCGCACUUGGCACGCAGGUUGCUUGCGUUGCGUGGAGUGCCGUGCCAUGCUCUCGGGCAAAUGUUUCGCAAGGAACAACCAGCUUUACUGUACCGAGGAUUUUUUCAAGCGGUUCGGUACGAAGUGCGCUGGGUGCGGUCAGGGGAUCCCACCGACGCAGGUGGUGAGGCGCGCCCAGGCACACGUGUACCACCUCAGGUGCUUCGCAUGCGCUGCGUGUGCCCGUACUCUUAAUACCGGAGAUGAAUUCUAUCUAAUGGAAGACGGGAAGCUCGUCUGUAAACCUGACUAUGAAGCCGCGAGAGCUAAAGGCGAGGGUUCUCUUGACGGAGACGCGGCGAGCAAGAGGCCACGUACAACUAUCACAGCUAAGCAGCUGGAAACACUCAAAAGUGCUUACAGCAGUAGUCCUAAACCGGCUCGACAUGUGAGAGAACAAUUGGCUCAAGACACCGGCCUAGACAUGCGCGUUGUUCAAGUUUGGUUCCAAAAUAGGAGAGCAAAAGAAAAGAGAUUAAAGAAGGACGCUGGUCGGACACGUUGGUCACAGUACUUUAGAUCAAUGAAAGGAGCGGGCGGGGGUUCUCCAAGACACGACCGUCUUCUCGACAAAGACGAACUGAAAAUCGACCUUGAUGCUUUUAGUCAUCACGAGUUAAGCAACGACAGCUACAGCACCGCGGCUCUGGGCGGCGAGGAAGGCUCGCCGGCGGGAGGCGCAUCUAAUACGCGUUUCGGAGCGACGCCGCCGUACCUGCGCGCGCACUCCCCCCCACAUGCGCACUAUCACUACCCUCCUGACCACCUCGUUUACACUAAUAUUGGUCAAUCUAUGGGUAGCACUGGCUUAGGAGCAGGAGCGGGAGGCGCCUCCGACAUGAGUAGCUCAUCUUCUCCAGCCGCUGGGGGAUACCCCGACUUUCCUCCUUCCCCCGACUCCUGGCUCGGAGAGUCGCACCACUACUCUCCGCGAGGCUAUCCCUAG